AUGAAGUCCUUCGCCAUUGUCGCCGGCCUUGCAGCCUUCGCCGCCGCCCACGGCGACCAUGGCCAUGACCAGCGGCCAAUUGAAGGCCCGCACAAGGGCCUUUGGUACAACACGCUGCCCGGUGACGGUGGUACCCAAGCCGAUUCCGUUUUCUCUGGCAUCUCGACCUUUGGUCGCAUCCAGUACUCGCCCUGUCUCUCCACCGACGACGUCAAGUACGACAUUGCAUUCAUCGGCGCUCCGUUUGACACCGGUACCUCUUACCGGCCGGGUGCUCGUUUCGGCCCCAGCGGUAUCAGACAAGGUUCCCGCCGUCUCAACCUCUACGGUGGAUACAACGUCCCCCUCGACGCAAACCCGUUCAACAGCUGGGCCACUGUCAUUGACUGCGGAGACAUCCCAGUCACUUCGUUCGACAAUGGUUGGGCCAUCAAGCAGAUCGAGGAGGGUCACAACAGCGUCCUCUCGCGCUCUCCAGCCACCAAUUCGCACAUGAAAGGCCUGUCCAAGAAGGGCAAAACGCUUCCGCGCAUCAUCACGCUCGGCGGCGACCACACCAUCAGCCUGCCUCUGCUGCGCAGCAUCAACCGUGAAUACGGUCCGGUCAGCGUCAUUCACUUCGACAGCCACCUGGACACGUGGCGGCCCAAGGUCUUUGGUGGUGCUCCCAGCGAGCAGGCCUCGAUCAACCACGGCACGUACUUCUACCAUGCUGCUCAGGAGGGGCUGCUGGCCAACGACUCCAACAUCCACGCCGGCAUCCGCACGACGCUGUCCGGGCUCUCCGACUACGAGAACGACGGCUAUUGCGGCUUUGAGAUUGUCGAGGCGCGUGAGAUCGACACGAUUGGCAUGGACGGCAUCAUCAAGAAGAUCCGCGACCGGGUCGGCACCGAGAGACCUGUGUACCUCAGCAUCGACAUCGACACGCUCGACCCUGCCUUCGCGCCGGCCACGGGCACUCCCGAGACGGGGGGUUGGUCGACGCGCGAGCUCCGCACCAUCAUCCGUGGGCUCGACGGCCUCAACCUCAUCGGGGCCGACAUUGUCGAGGUUGCGCCGGCGUACGACACCAACGCCGAGCACACGACCAUGGCUGCUGCCGACGCGCUGUUCGAGGUCAUGACCAUCAUGGUCAAGCGGGGUCCGCUCAGCCUCAACACCGUCGGCGACAACAUGGAGGAGCUCUGA